AUGGGGCAACGCCAAGUUUGGGACUUGGCCAUGGCGGUGAGGAGAUGCUAUAGAUGCAGCCAAGCCGGGCAUCUCCAGCGUCAAUGCAGGGCAAGACCUCCAGGAGACGACAUGGAGCAGAGACAGCAAUCGACGCAGAAAUGUAAGCAGAAGGGGUCCUCUUCAGGGAAGAAGAACACGCGUUCUGCUCAUCUUGUGUCUGCAUUUUCUCGAGAGGAGAGGAAGGUACCUCGAGGAACAUGGUUGCUGGACUCUGGUAGCAGCAGGAUUAUCUGCAACAGUCAGGAGGACUUUAAGACCCUGGGGAAGCCAGCUGAUGGAAAAGACUCAAUCUAUCUUGCUGAUGGUCGUAGAAGCAAGAUUGAUGGCCAGGGAACAUGUUUCCUGCAGUGCUUCAACACUACUCUACCAGAGACUGUUUGUCAGCAGUUUGGACUAUUGUUUACUGUCUGUAAGCUGUUUGAUUAA